UCAAGGAACGUGACAACAGUCUUCAAUAUCUCGAUCAAAGAGAUCUCUUUCAACCAUCAAACCCAGACAUUCAACAUCCAUAACAUGGCGCUGAGCAACAACGACUCCAAUGUGCUAUCUGCGCUCUUCGACCCCGAAGCAUCACUAUCUCGAAAUGCACCGAUAGAUGAUUCGCCAACAUCCCCUACGGAGUCUGAAGCCGAAACAUUGAUUCAGGCGAAAGAGGAACAAGCCCUUCGCUCUAUCAAUGUAUCCAAGCCAACUCUGUCCAAUAUUGAACAAUCAAUCUCAACCUUGACCAACAUCAUCCAAACACACCCGUCAUAUGCUUCGGCCAGGGUUAAUCGAGCUCAAGCACGGCGACUAAUUUACAACGAUGAACAAUUAAUCUCACAGCCAUCGAUGGCCCAGAAGAUUCUAGAAGAUCUAUCUGAAGCGAUCCGACUUGUCACACCAAGCACACCUGAGGAGUCGAUAUCGAGAACAAACGCCAGAGUCCUUGCAUCCGCACACACCCAUCGAGGCUACCUCCUUUUACUUGCCAGCAAGUCAGACGACAAUCGAAAAAUGCUCAGCGACACUGUGGGACUCAAAUCUCUAUCCCUUCAGGAGCUGGAAGAAGCGGCGAGUCGAGAGUUGGCAUCAGGCGGACGUUAUGGUAAUGAGACUGCUCGGCAGCUGGCGGUCAUGACGAAUCCAUAUGCGAAAUUGUGUGGUUCCAUCGUCAAAGAGGCACUUACCAAGGAGAUAUCAGACUAUUACCAAUUCCAGGUGCCUCUUGCGAGGUGAGAGAACGUAGCAACAGAACAAUUUGGCUAGGUGUUACCGGAAUUGUUGAUAGAGAGGGGCAGAGUCGGGGGUGUCACUUGAGCGUCAUGAUUGGCAUCUCCUGGUUUGGGCGCAAGGCUAUCACGGUUCGAUUCAUAGAAUUAAUACACGUAUCUCGUGCUA